AUGGAUCGCAAGAGAAAGCGCGAGUUGCGCGAACUGAACAGCCGUGCGUGGAACGGAGAAACAGGUAUCUUCGAAGUUAACAAGUCCCUCGAUUCUUCCCUCAAAAAGAACACCGCCUUCAUCAAACGUCUCAGAACCGCCGUUUCCACCGCUACCCUCAGCACCUUCCUGCAAGAGAUUCGCACGCUCAGUCUGCACAAAUACCUGUCGGAAAUCAUAUCAGCAUGUUAUGAGGGACUGUGCAGGCUCAAGUCGCCCGGUGAAAUCGAAGCUGGGGUGGAGAUCGUCAGCGCGCUACACCAGCGAUUCGGACCUGCCGAGUUUACGGAAUUCCUGGGCUGGCUGGUUGGCAAGGGCCUCGCGACGCCAGAGAAAUCGAUUUUGAAGAACCUCGCGGCCGAAGCCCGAGAGAAGGAGGAGAAAGAACGGAUCACGCGCCAGAGAGUGCUUUUGAGAGUCGUGACGGAGCUUUGGCUUGUGGGAGUUCUGAGAACCUUGGACGACGUCAGCCGCCCAGAUGAUAAUUCACGAGGGAAGGAGUCCCUCUCAGGUGCCACUGGAAAGGCUGAUGCGAAGGCGAAGGCCAUUUCGGUGGGUAAGGGUGGCGGCGCAGAGCCGUUCCCUUUAGAGGUUCUGAAGGAUUUGCUAGGUCACGAUAGGGAACAUGCGAACCUCCCAUUGCUUGUCAUUUUCGUGAAGGCGUUUGGUUGGGAUAUUCUGGGCGUUCAGGAGCCGGGCUCCGAAGGUCGGAAGGUUGUCCAGGCAGAUGGGGCUACGAAGGACGUGGACGGGACCAGAGACGUCAGUGAUGAGUCGGCCCCAGCUUCACCCAUCGAAGCCGCAAACAACGAUCCGCCACUGGCAUCUGCAGAGCUUCAAGAGAGAUUUCGGAACAUUCUGAAGAGAUACUUCGAGGAUGUCAAGGGCCACCUCCUCCGCGACCAAAAAGCUAUUGGCAAGCAAGCUCGCAAAGAUGCUGAAGCCUAUGUCAAGUCUGGCCAGGUUUUCGAAGACCGACAAGCCAGUUAUGAAAAGGUCGUCAAGUCACAGGAACGACUCAUUGCAAAUGCACAGGUUCUUGCCGAUGCAAUUGGUGGGGAAAUGCCAGAUCUCAAGGACUCUGAUGACAACGCAGGUGCCGGCAACGGGGGCAUUGGUCUUGUCAGGACUGGCGAGUACCUGCGAGGCGAGGGCGAGGGUGCUGGGAUCUGGGAGGACGAUGAUGAGCGGAGGUUUUACGAGAACCUUGUCGACUUGAAGGGAAAGGUUCCUGGAAUGCUCCUCGAAGACGGCAAGAAGAAGAAAACAGACACGGACGAGCAGGUUGGCAAGAAGAUUGAUCCAGCAGAUGUCACUACCGAGCCUACCAGCUCCAGGGACGACGAUAUGUCCACCGCAAUCGCGAACAAGACAAUUGGGGCCCAGGUCGAUGCGCUUCUUGCUCGGCUGCCCGAUCUCACCAAUAAGGAUCUAGUUGACCAAGCUGCCAUUGACUUCUGCUUCCUCAACUCCAAGGCGUCUCGAAACCGUCUCGUCAAGGCAGUACAGGAAAUUCCCAAAGGUCGGAGUGACCUCUUGCCUUCCUAUUCUCGGCUUGUGGCGACUCUGGGCAAGUAUAUGCCGGAUAUAACCAAAAGCUUGGUUGAUCAUCUCGAUCAAGAAUUUCGGAGUCUUCAGCGACGCAAAGAGAAAGAAUUCCUGGGACAAGCUCGAUUGGGCAACAUCCGUUACCUUGCCGAGCUGACGAAAUUCGGCGUGGUUCCCGAGCACGUCAUCUUCCAUUGCUUGAAAGUCAGCCUUGAUGACUUCUCCAGAAUGAAUAUCGAAAUCAUCUGCAACCUCCUUGAGAACUGUGGCCGAUAUCUGCUCCGAAACCCCGAUACUUCUCCUCGCAUGGCAUCCUUCCUGGAGACCUUGAAGCGCAAGAAGUCCGUUCAGCACAUUGGGCAGCAAGAGCGAAUGCUCAUUGAAAAUGCGGUAUACUAUGUUGAUCCGCCCGUCAGAGCUGCUAUCCAGCAGAAGGAGAGGACACCGAUUGACUUGUUUAUUCGCAAGCUGGUUUAUCUGGAUAUGAACACACGGAACUACACAAAGAUCCUCAAGCAGAUCCGCAGGCUUCACUGGGAAGAGGUUGAUGUCGUUGCUAUCCUUGAAAAGGUUUUCUCCAAGCCUGGCAAAGUCAAGUAUGGUAGCAUACACCUGCUGGCGAUCAUUGCCAGCGCCCUGUACCGGUACCACCAACAAUUCGUCAUCACCGUGAUCGACAACGUUCUAGAGUCGAUCAUUCUUGGCCUGGAACAGAAUGACUUCAAGUUUAACCAGCGCCGAAUCGCUGAACUCAAAUACCUAGGCGAACUGUACAAUUACCGCAUGGUUGACCAUCCGGUCAUCUUCGACACGCUUUACCGAAUCCUGACAUUUGGUCAUGGUGGUCCUCCCAUUCCAGGAAGAUUCAAUCCCUUUGACAUGCCCGAUGAUUUCUUCCGCAUUCGCCUCGUGGCAACUGUCCUCGAUUCGUGCGGCAUGUUCUUCAAUCGUGGCGCUGCUGGCAAGAAGUUGGAUUACUUCCUAUCUUUCUUCCAAUACUACAUCUACACAAAGGAUCCCCUACCGAUGGACAUUGAAUUUAUCGUCCAAGACGUCUUCGCGUUAACUCGUCCCCAAUGGAAACUUGCCUCCAACAUCGAAGAAGCUAGCCGUGCAUUUCAACUUGCCAUGGCACAGGACCAGAAGACUUCCGGUAUGGACAAGGUUCUUGAAGCCGAGGCCGAUGAUGUGGAUAGCGAGAAAUCAUCAGAUGAUGGACUGGGUGACCUGGAAGCCGAUGGCGGCCUGCCUGACGCUGAUGAUGACGGAGACUCUGAGACGGAGGAGGAACUCGACAUCGAGAUCAACGGUGAUGCUGUGGCCUCUGCUGCUGGCACUGAUUCGGAGGACGAGUCUAUUGUUGUCACCCGCCAGGAGGAGGAAGUUGACCCUGAAGACGAGGCGGAGUUUGAUCGCGAGUUAGCGAAACUGAUGGCCGAAAGUCUAGAUUCCCGGAAGCAUGAACGCAAACCCGCCUUUGACGUACCCCUGCCCAUGAGACGCAAAGAGAACCCCUCAAUCAAUACUCCAUCUAGCGAGUCGUGGGCCGAAGAAUCAUCGAACGGCAAUGCGCCCACAGGCACAAUGGCAUUCUCUCUGCUUACCAAGCGUGGAAAUCGACAACAAACCCGUACAGUUGCCUUGCCAUCUGACUCUACCUUUGCCGUGGCUAUGAAAUCCAAGCAGGCUGCUGAGCGCGAGGAACAAAAGCGAAUCAAGGACCUUGUUCUGAACUACGAGCUUCGUGAUGGCGAAGAUCUUGAUGGUGACUCCUCACUGAGCCCCUUGAAUCCAAAUUUCAAUAUUUACGGACAGAACGCAGGUCUUGAUAAAGCCGCCGGGAUGAAUUUUGCUAGGUCUGAUAGAUCUGGCAACACCCGCAGUGCGCAACGCAACCGGAAGCUGCAACUCAGUGACGUUGAUUGGUAUGACUCUAAGCCGAAAAUUUCCCAUGUCGAGCGCAACCCCCUUUCUAUUUUUACCCAGGGCAAACGACGGACUUCUGUCACCAUCGAAAGACUUGGUUUGGAUUGUGCUUCCAUUGACCGUGUCUCUUCGGAAGAGCGUGUCCUACGACCGGUCAGAGCUAUACGCCAAGCUGGUGGCAGACUCACUCGGAAGGCUAUGCUCGAGGCACACGCUGCUACCGCGAACAAGAACGGCAAGACAUAG